AUGCCUUCUCUCGAUAAAAUUCUGCGAGACGAGAGCAGCUCCUCCGGGGAACCGACCGAGGAUGUAGUUCCAGAAUUAAAAUCUCUUCGAGACCUCACGAUCAUUGAAUCUUUCAGCCCAGGUGCAACCGUAGCCAAACACACCACCUUCUAUCACAUUACCAGUGACCAGAAACUAUACUUCGGUCAAACCUUCAAGAACAAGAAGGAUCUCACUCUCCAAGAAUUCAGAAGUUCUCUAGAGCGCAUCCCUGAUGAAGAAGUCUACCCCAACAUACCCUCGCAGCCACCUCUCACCAUCGCACCUGACAACAUAGAAAGACCGACCUACAUCAAGCGGCCUGGACUGAACAGCUUUGAGGAUAUGAGAGGCACGCCUUUCGUACCCAAAGCAAUUUUGCAAGAGACGCUCAUCAUGGAGCAAAUCUCACAAACAGUGCACCCCAACAUUAUCCAGUACUUAGGCUGUCGGACUUGUCGUGGCUGCAUAUGUGCAUUGGUCCUUGAGGAACUCGAGCAAACACUCACCCAGCUGGUCUCGACCCCCGAAUUCGGCAAUUUGGACAAACCUAAGUUUGCAGAUGGUGUAGAAUCGGCGAUCCAAUAUCUACACUCGCUAGGCCUGGCCCACAACGACCUGAAUCCGGACAACAUCAUGGUCAAACGGGGCAAGGAUGGCGAGAUCCAGCCAGUGCUCAUCGACUUUGGGUCUUGUCAGCCGUACGGAAAGGCAUUGGACUCACUUGGUACUGUGGGAUGGUAUGACAAGCCCUUUUUCCAUUCAGAACUAGAGCACGAUACAUUCGGACUCGCCAAACUCCGCAGAUGGCUGGAGAAGCCUGAGGAGGAUUAG